AAGCUGACUUCUCCCUCUCGUUGGAGCGACCAUGCGACGACAACUUGACAGUUAGAUCUAAAUGAUUGUCACACCAUCCGUAUUGGAGCUCUCGAGCCUCUCGUUCCUAUUUAAACGACCAAGUCGACGUCCGGGCCCCGUCGUGAGGUGGCCGACGUCUUAUCCUCGCCAUGCGCUCACCUGCAUUUCCCCCGAGGCGACCGUCUCAUCUCGUGCGAUACGCCUUGCCAGCUCUCCUCAUCUUGGGCCUCUUCUACUACCUCUCCCACACCCCCCGCGAACCCCGACUCCCUAAUUCCUACGCUAGCCCUGGUGGACAUCCCCUCCAGGAGCACCCAUACUCCUCUCCCGACUCCUCCCAACACGAGACGCCCGAUGUCGUGAACCAACCUGGCCAAAAUUCGCCCUCGAAUCAAAAACUGGUUCAUGGUGACCCCGACGACAGUGCACCCGCUCCCGAGCCAAAACCUCCAUCGGCCCACGACCCCAAACCUGCGCCCGCUCAACCUAUCCCUCCAAAGCCGGCCUCUCCUCCGCACGCGAUCGACGAGUUGAUCAAAGUCGCCGAAAAAGACUAUGAGAACCUGCUGGCUAAAGAGUCCAAGACACUUUCCGAAGCUGCUGCUGCGUACCGCAAGCGGCGUGGCCGGCAUCCCCCUCCCGGCUUCGACAAGUGGUACAAUUUCGCCAAGGAGAACAAUGCUCUUCUGGUCGAGGACUUUUUUGACCAAAUUUACCACGAUCUGAACCCCUUCUGGGGUGUUGAUCCAUUGACGAUCCGUACCGAGGCCAGUGGUUAUGAGAUGAUUAUCAGUAUACGCAACGGCAACGCAAGCGCUGAGAGUGACUGGUUCUGGACUCAGAUCUGGUUAGGCAUGAUCCAGACUAUUGAGCACCUGCUGCCGGAUAUGGACGUUGCUCUGAAUGCCAUGGACGAACCUCGACUUGUGGUUCCCUGGGAGGACAUCAAUGCGUACAUGAAGAAAGAAAAACAGAGUCGAGUCCUGAGUCCGGUCAAGAGCAUUAUCAAGGAGUUCAAGUCACUUCCGCCCCCCGUAAACUCUGACGACAAGUCCCUUCUCCAUACUAUUAAUAAGGACUGGGAGAAGACUAAUCCAUACUGGCUCAUCGCUCGCCGGGGCUGCCCUCCCGACAGCCCCGCUCGCAAGGCUGCAGUUCUAGAUUCGUUCGACGUCAAACCGAGCUUCUCGUCGUCGUGGGCAACCCCACACCAAUAUGAGGGCUACGUAUCCAACUCGACGCUCGCCUCCGAAUUCUGCCACCAACCUGACCUUCAAGGUCUCGAAGGCAUCUUCAUCCGCCCUCUGACAACAUCCGCCACCAAGGUCCUCUUCCCUAUGUUUGGGGGUAGCAAGCUGGCCACGAACAAUGAGAUCCUCCUCCCUGCCCCGAUGUACUGGAACGAAGAGGAGCGGUUUACCGGCGGCGAUGAUCACGGCCCGUCUUGGGAUGAAAAGAAGGACUCGGUGAUCUGGCGCGGUGUAGCCACUGGUGGUCGCAACACCGAAUCGAACUGGAGAGGCUUCCAGAGGCACCGAUUCGUCUCGAUGAACAACGGGACAAAACUGCAGCGCGCGGAGGAGGGCAUCGAGCCACCGGUCAACUUUGAGCUGCCGAGCGCAACCUACGACCUUGUGGCGCAGAAGGAGAAGCGCCUCGGCGCCUGGGUGACGCAGUGGUCGGACGUUGGCUUUACUGACUUGUUCUGCGAUCCGGAAAUCGAGCCGAAGCAGAAGGGCGGACGAUGCGUUUACACCGACAAGCAUUUUAAGAAGGUGCCUGGCGAGAAACUAGCGGCUCAAUUUCGCUACAAGUAUCUGCCCGAUAUCGACGGCAACUCGUUCUCCGGCCGGUACUUGGGGUUCCUGCGCAGCACGAGUCUGCCGAUCAAGAGCACGCUCUGGCGCGAGUGGCACGACAGCCGCCUAGUGGCCUGGAAGCACUUUGUGCCGAUGGACAACCGGUUUGGCGACUUCUACGGGAUUAUGCAAUACUUCUACGGCUAUGAGGGCAUCGUCUCGGACCACGACGGUGCGGCACGGAAGAUUGCGAUGGACGGCAAGGCCUGGGCCGAGAAGGUGCUGAGAAAAGAGGACAUGCAGAUUUACGUAUUGCGGUUGCUGCUUGAGUACGCCCGGAUUUCGGACGACAGGAGAGAGAACAUGGGCUGGGCAGACGACUUGAUACCGUGA